CUUGGGCGACGUUGCAGUAAUAAAGCAUGGAGUAACGCUAUUUGUAUUCUGCCUCGGUCUAUUGCAACGCAGGUUGACUUGUAGGCAGAUAACGCUAAGAGAACGGAAGGGCGAAUUCUGGUUGAUAGGCCUGGUUUCUACGUGUAUAGGACGUGUGUUCUGACAUCACACACACACGCAGAAACAUACAUGCGCUACGUACACAGGCAUACUCGCGCGUCCGCACAUGUAGCUGUGUGUACGCUUGCACAAAUGCAUAGAAAUAGAGGCAGAUAAAACUUAAUAGACAUGUUAAGAGAUGGAAAGAGAAAGAGAUAGAAAGGUCAAGAUUCCUUAUCAGACGAAGAAGCAGGAGAAGAAACAACAGCAACAACAACAACACCAACAAAAGCAAAACACUGCCAUGAAGGACUCCUACACCGUCAGCGCCAACGACGGAGGGGGACAAGGGGGGAGCCCACCUCUCCCUCCCCCACCCUCCGCCAUCUCCCACAGGCCAAGCUUAACGGGGAUUCAUAACGUGGGAUUCACCAGCGACGACUCGGGCUUCGGUUCGGGCGAGGCGACGGGCGGGAGGCAAGAGCUGGGUCUUCAGCAGCGAGUCGAUGUGAAGCCCAAGAGAGUAAUGCAGAUGAUCGGCACCUUCGCGGCGGCAUUGGCACACCUUGGCAUUGGCACCAUCAUCGGCUUCUCCGGGGUGACACUGCCGCAGCUGACCGACCAGGAAUCGCCAAAAUUCAGUCUCACCGAUUUCCAGGCGACUCUUUUCAGCAGCGUCAUCCACCUGGGCGCCACGCUGGGCUGCGUGGUGGGCGGCGUCCCGCACGCCUUCAUCGGGCACCGUUGGUCGCUGCUGGUGGCGCUGCCCGGCUCCCUGGUGGCGUGGCUGGUCCUCUUCUUCUCCCGCGUCCCGUGGCUCCUCAUCCUCGCCCGCGGCGUGCUGGGCUUCACCAUGGGCGUGACGUGCUUCUCGGCGUCCAACUACGUGAAGGAGUUCGCCCACAAGGACCUGAAGCCGUCCCUGCUGGUGGCGCUGGACGCGCUGCGGCAGAGCGGCUUCCUCCUCGUCUACGGCCUCGGCUACAAGGCCCACCUGAGUUGGCGCUACGUGGCCAUCAUCUGCGGGACGCUGACGACGGUCGUGCCCUUCCUGAUCCUGCUGUUCCUGCCCAACGCCCCCCGCUGGCUCGUCCUGCGCGGCCGCAUGGACGAGGCGGAGCGCUCCCUCCAGUUCUACCGCGGCCGCGACUACGACUGCCGCAGCGAGCUCCUGAAGAUCCGCAACAAGCUGGAGCGGCGCCGCGACUCCGUCACGAUGACCGACCAGCUGCGCAACAUGCGCGACCCCGUCCUCCUGCGCUACGUCGUGCUCUUCGCCUUCCUGCACUUCGUGAGCCAGUUCACGGGCGAGGUCGUCAUCAGCGCCUACAUCGUGCCGCUGUUCGAGCUCGCCCACGCCUCCUCGCCCUACGACGACGCCAUCAUCGUGGGCGCCAUGCGCGUGCUCGCCACGCUCGUCUACUUCCUGGGGGUGCAGCGCGUGGGCCGCAAGCGCCUCGUCAUCUCGUCGUUCCUGAUCUGCGGCUUCUCGCUCGCCGUGCUCGCCAUCUCCUUCUACGACCAGAGCCGCGACAAGAUCUUCAGCGACUACGAGGUCAUCCCCAUCAUCACCAUCUCCAUCUUCUCGUUCUUCUCCAACAUCGGGAUCCCGGUGCUCAACCUGGUGGACGUGGAGCUCCUGCCCGGCACGGCCAAGGCGACGGGCCUCGCCAUCCUCUACGGCACCUACUACUUCGGCGGCUUCAUCGCCACCCUCACCUACCCCACCAUGAUCGCCUCCAUCGGCCCCUCGUCCACCUUCUGGGUCUACUGCGUGUUCAACAUCAUCGUCGUCGUCAUCGACUACGCCGACCUGCCGGAGACGCGAGGCAAGACGUCCGAGGAGAUCAUCACGAGGGAGCGCGAGGACGACGUGUCCAAGAAAGGCCCUUUGCCCUCCUACUAGGGGGGGAAGAGGGUCUCUAUGUUGUAUAAAGAAACUAGUGUAGCGGUCGCUGACUCACUCUUAAGACACGAUAUGACUUCGUUUACUUCAUGAAGCCUAACUGUACAGUAAUCUUGAAGUGAUUAAUGUCCAUAUUCAUCACAGGUUUAUUAUUCACAUGAACUCAUUUAUCAGUAAACAUUAUCAUCUAA